GAUGAUGAUGAUGAUGAUGAUGAUGAUGAUGAUGAUGAUGAUGAUGAGCGUAGGGGUGGUGAUGAUGAUAAGGAGGAGUAGGAGGCUGUUCAUGUUGGUGAUGAUGAUGGUAAGCUCUGCGGAGGCAACUCUUAUUAGUUUCCUUUUUCUCUGCACAGGACCUCGUAGCCGCUCAACUGUUGGCCGAAGUGGAGGAGGUGAUCCAGUACAAGCUCAUUCCCGAGCGAUGCGCCGUCUUGCAUGA